GUUUACAGCGAGGCAUGUUCUCGUGGGGGGCUAAUAGCUAUGGUCAGUUAGGAUUGGGUCAUCAGGAUGACAAAAGUAAACCAGAGAAAAUCCUUAAGAUACCAGAUGGAAAAAUUGUUGAUGUAACAGGUGGUGGUGGCCAUACGCUGCUUCUCACAGACUGUGGUGCUAUUUAUAGCUGUGGAUGGAACUCAAAGGGUCAGCUGGGUCUAGGCCACACAGAUAACCUUUCUGUAUUCAAACGUAUUGACCACUUACCACCGGUCAUAAAAGUCACCUGUGGGUGGGAUUUCUGUCUUGCUAUCACUGAAGUGGGGGAUCUGUAUGCGUGGGGCUGCAAUGUAUUUGGCCAACUUGGAAUUCCUGAAAUCGAUUCAUUCACUGCAAUACCAACAAAAAUACAGAUCUUCUCAAGGAAUGUGACGAGCAUUGCAGCUGGAUUGAGACAUUCCCUAGCGGUGACAAAUGAUGGUAAACUUUGGUCAUGGGGUUCAGCCAGGAAAGGACAACUGGGUAAUGACCAAUCAAAAACAGGGUAUCAACUUCUCCAACGUGUACCCAAACAAGUUCAUAAGCUAGAAAACAUAUCAUCCGUUUCAUCUGGUUCCUACCACAGUACCGCUUUGACAGCCUGUGGGAAUAUGUAUCUAUGGGGAAGUAAUAAACACAACCAAUUGACCAAUAGUGUACAGGGUGUUGUACAGAGUGGUGGCAGUAGUAAGGAAGACAUCUUACCAGUACCAACUAAGCUGAAUUUAGAGUUAUUUGGUGGGAGGCAAAUACUAGCUGUUCACAGUGGUUGGACGCAUAUACUUGCUAUUACACAUGAUUCUAAUGUUUUUGGUUGGGGCAGAAAUGAUUACAGUCAACUUGGCAUUAGUCUUACUGGUAAUAAUUGUGCUAAAAAGGAUGUGACAAAGCCCAAGGAAUUAGUGAUAUUAAAAGAUAUAAAACAGAUUGCAUGCGGUUCUGAACACAACCUUGCACUCUCAGAUGACAACAAGGUUUUGGCUUGGGGAUGGAACGAACAUGGAUCUUGUGGAAAUGGUAAGGAAGAAAAUGUGUUAACACCACAAGUGAUUGAUGAUCUUGCGAAAGAGAAGAUUAGAUUGAUUGGUAUUGGAGCAGCACAUUGUUUUGCAGUGGCCAGUUGAUGGUGUUGGUUUUGUACAGGUGUUGAAUAUGACACAUGUCUUAUUCAAAUAUUUUACAUUUGUCAUUGGUUGGUGCUGGUGCAGCAUACUGUUUUUGCAGUGUCUGAUGGCACUGGAUGGCUUACUGGUGAACAAUACACAUGCUGUAUUCAAAUAUUUCACAUAUAUUUUUGAUUGGUACUAGAACAACAUACAAUAGACAUAUGCUUAUUCUGUAUUCAAAUAUUUUACAUCUGUGUUUAGUCGGUAAUGUUGUAAAUUAUGAACAAUGUACCUUGAAUACAGUGUUUCUGACUGAA